UGUAGGUCUUCACACCGUUCUGUUGAGAGCCUUUUCAGUGCUCAGUUCCAGAGCAAAGCAACACAGACUGUUGGUGAAAUACUUCUAAAAAGUGUGGAAAGACUUUCUACCUCAGGUUUCACCCAGUCAUUCCAGUCCUCCUCCAGCUCAACUGCUAUUCAGCCGUCUGUUGCAGCCUCUUCCUUAUCCAUUCAAGCCCAGUCGACAGCUUCAGAUAUUAUCAGAAGCUUUUUGAAAUACUUGCAGAAGUGUUGUCUGUCUGUCCCAUCAGAUAGUGCUUCUAGUUCAUCUACACCAACUUCUAAGAGAAAGGAAAGUGUACCCUCUGCUUCUCGCAGCAUAUAUAGAGGUGUGCAGAAGAAAGUUUUUGGAUUUCUACUGGGGCUCCAGACGUCAUUUUCAGAAAGAAGCAAGAUUUCCCCACAAGAUCAGCCUACAGGAGGAGUAGAGCUGGAAUCUGAGAGGGUUUUAUCAGUCAGAUCACCUCCUCAUAUAAUAUCAGCAAGAAUCCAGAAUAAUUUAGACUCUUGUACAGAUGAGGUUAUUGGCAAAGUUGUGGAGUUAUACAAGAGUGAGCUACUUCUGCCAAGCUCCUCUGAAGUUCCUCUCCACAGCUCAAAAUCACUUCCAGAACAGCCUUUCAGACUGAUAACUGUUAAGCCUAAGAGCUUCCUGACCGAUGCAGUUAAUAAUCUUUUAAUGGGUGCUGCUAGACAGAGAAUCUCUCACAAAUCCAUCAGUACUGAAGAAAAUGAAAAGACUUCAGAGAGAAGUCAAGCCACACCAACCACCUCCCACCACAGCAUGUCUAAAACUUCUAGAAAAACUCCAAGCUCGUCAGCAUUUACUGUGUCAGAGCGAACCACUGACCCUGAGUACGACGUGAUUGAGAAGUCUGAUUCUGCUGCUGAAACUGUAGCAGUGCCCCAGCCUCAGUCUCUCCAACAGACGAACCAACUGCAACAUCCGAUUUCUGAUGAAACCAUACGAUGUCAUGCAGAUAGACUAACCAACUUUGAGGUUCUCAGACAUAUAAAAGGGCCAUCACGUGUUUGGAAACGUUCCUCAGACUCUGUUCUAGAUGCAUCUUGGGUGAGGAAGAAUCUGCUGAGGGAUCCAGUCCAAGUACCUUCAUCGCUAGUCUGCGUUUUUGUAGAUGAAUCAGUUAAGACCUUACUCCUACACUUGCUAAGUCUGAACUCAGCAAGUACAAGGGCAGGUUCUAAAGGCCAGGACAGACAUUCAGACAAGUCAGCUGGCUCACAAUGUGCCAUCACUGGUGCAGAAAGCCGUUUGACUAAGGCGCUCACAGACUCACAGAGCAGAAUAGAGGAUCCUCUGUUAUUGCUCGUGGAUUCUGAGCAAACUAAACCUGAAAGGAGUCAGGACGUCUCUCCGUUGGAUUUCAAGUCACCUGCUGUGUCACCCACAACCUCAAGCAGGGCUGGCAGUACGAUGGCGAAAGAGACAUUGGAUAACCACAUAAUUUCUAGCAAGGAUUAUGAAACCUACUCUUCCAGCUCCAGCCCAUUAAAUGACCACCGUUCCUCGGAUCCAAACCCUGUGGCUGUGAAAAAGAGCAGUCGAGGAUUUCAUUUCAUUCUGUGUAAAAAAGCUCCCGUCUUCAGUCCUGGAGUAAAGAAAUCAAGUAAAGUUUGUCCUGCUGGCAUGAUGUCUGACCAUCAUCAGUCUACCUCGUCCUCUGGAAAUCUUCAGAAGUCUGAACAGAGAGAAUCAGCCUUUAGGAAAACACGCAAACGUCUGUCCAGGAUCUUCACAGCCAUCCGCAAAGCACUGCCCAACCCCUUCCAGUGCAUGACUCCACCAUCUUAAGCACUUAGCACAGGAGUGCUCAAUCCUGGUCCUGGAGAUCUACCACCCUACAGAGUUUAGCUCCACCUUUAAUCACACCUGAUCCAGAUAAUGAAGACAUUCAGGAGCACCUGAACAUUAGAGGCAGGUGUGCUGGGUCUGAAAUCUACAGGGUGAUAGAUCUCCAGAACCACAAUUGAGCACCCUUGA